AUGACCGCCGUCCAAGUUGUCAGUCAUCCACUGUCCACAAGGUCAAUCCGCAAUCCGGCGGCCACGGGCACCUCCGACCUUCCGUCGUAUCUGGACGCGCCGCUCGUCGACCGGGACCACACCCGUGACGUUCGCCCAUACCGCACGCUGGUCCUGUGGUACAACGACUCGGGCAGCGACCACCGGUGGCCAGAGCACCGGUACACCACAGUGUUCGACACGCACACCACUCAGACGUCCCUCUGGAAAUCGGUGUGGCAGUACACCCGAACCGCUCAAACUCCGACGAGCGUAGGUCCACCGCAUCGCCCGUCACUCAGUCUUUGUGAGCGGACGUUUGCGUGCCGCGUUAACCUCGGACCGCGGACUCUGUCAUUUUGA